AUGUCUAAGAAAAUGUCUUCAUCUGAUGCCAGUAGAAUUCAAUCUGCAGCCGCCCGUCAAAAUGGAGGAAGUGUUCCAGCUGGUAGCUUUGCUUCUCGUGCCCAGUCUGCAGGCGCUAAAAACGCUAAUUCAGGUUCAACCUCAAACCAAUCCGGCAAAAAAUAA